UUAUUUUUAUUGUUAAGAUAGGGCGAGGGUUAGGGUUAGGGUUACCCCCAAUCGCUUCAACCUAAUUUUGCAGGAGAUAGAAAAGGGAGGUUUUCUCAAAAUCAAACGAGGAGAAUGGCCGAAUCGAAGUGGAAUAACCUUCUAGGAGGAGGAUCUGCGCUACGGCCGUUAUCAGGAGAGGAGGAGAAGUGGCAAAAACGUUGCUGGGAGCCACCGUUACGCGGAGGAGGAUCUGGGACACGGCCGUUACGAGAGGAGGAGGAGAAGUGGCUAAAACGUUGAUGAUGAUUGCGAUAGAGAGGGCGAGGCGAGAAAAACUUGCAGGAGGAUGCGUGACUACUGUGGUACUGGUUGAUGGGAAAAAGAUUGAUUUGGAAAAGUUGAUCUCGAAUCAUGGGACAGAAAUGUUGAAUCGAGAAAACCUUGCAGUUGAAGGAUGGCCGAGUGUCACACGGGGUAAGAGGCAAAAAAUUUGUCCGGAAUCGGUGACCCGAAAAAAUCCUGUUGACGGAGGAGGAUUAGAAUCUCUGUUUGUGCCCCUGGAUAUGAAGAAAAAGCUUGAACUGGAAUCGCAAAUGCAGAAGCAUAGGGAAGAACAAAUUGCACAAGGUGGAUGCCUCUUGGAGUGGCCUCUAAACCCCUAUUGCACUUGUGAUCCGUCAAGUUCAUGCCAUGAAGACAAAAGCCCAAUUUUCAGUUUGCCCUAUGGCGCUCUGGAGGAGCAUUGCCCUGAUUUCGAGCCAAUUUGGCUCACAUACUUCUGCCAGAUUCGUCAAACCCAUAGUUUUGACUUGGAUGUCCAUCCCGGUCCGUCUUUAUGUGCUGGAAUAGCACCAUAUAAUUUCAAGAAGGAUGUUGGGUUACUGAUGGAACUAGCUGACCGUGCUAUCCAAGAAUAUAAUGAGAAAGAGCGCAAUGUUUUCAAGUACAAAGCUUUGAAGAUUGAGAAGGUGAAUCGUUCGGUGACCAUGUACUUUGAAUAUUGGAUGACUGUGAAAGUCUUAAAUCUCACUCUUGGUACUCCUAUCGAAACUUUUCAAAUCCAUGCUGCUAAAAAUCGCCGCAAUGCUGAUGAUCCAAUUAUCUAUUUUUGCCGGCCUAAAGAAGAGGCAACUGAUGGUUUGGCGCCAUACUGCGAUGCUUGCUUUUGCAAGCUGCGCGGGGAGGCGUGUCAGGGAGGAAGGGAUAAGGCAGUUGAACUAUAACUAUUUAAACGUGGAUUGUUUGGGAUUUCAUCAAUAUAUAAUUGAAGUUAUGUAAGUUUGGUCUUGGUUGAGAUUUUAUCAUUUGUAUUGUAAAUCUGACCUCUUUGUUGAAGUAUUCGAUGUAUUAUAUCUAUAGGUUUCUGAAUUUAGUAGUUUUUGAGAACAUCUUAAUCUGUAGUUAUAAGCCUUCUACUUUGAGGUGUGACCUGACAUUUUUGUUAAUAUAAGUAUCUGAUAAUAUUUAGUCGUUGC